AGUGGCUACACUGCCUGUUGACAUUUCUCUUAGUGCCCUAACCUCAAAAAAUGUUAGUUAUUUAUUUUGGCCGUUCAUUAUGUCCGAAGAGGUGAUUUUCACCUUAUUUUACCUAAUUUUAAGUUUUUGUAUUAUUUACCCCCCUGUCGAGUUUGUGUCUGCGGGUUUCACCAUCCCUUCGCUCUUCAGCCGAGUGUUAGGAUCCGAAGAUGAAAAUUUCGUAAGUUACCACAUAAAACGAACAAUUGUAACGUUGGGUGUCUAUUCACUGUUGCCUUUGGGGUACAUUAUCGCUCUUUUUGCCUCGGAGUAUUUCCAAGAUGUGAGUUCUUUGAUAAUCGAUGGUUCUCUUUUUUGGAAAGUUUUUUUCACUACGAGUCUAGCAUUGCCCAUUCUGGCGCUUUAUCAGAUUAGGAAUUGGAUAAUUGAUGACUUUAAACACCACCCAAUUGCGAUAAAUUUGGCUAAGUUUUGUAAUAACAAUAAUAGGGAUUGGAAAACUGUCGCUGCUGACAUCAACACUGAAUUUAGACGUGUUGAUAAAAUCUGUGUUCAAACGAGUUCUCUAGUUAAAGUGAUUGCUACCGAAAAUUGGAUUUUAAAAGUCAAACCAUUCACGAUUUUAUUAGCCCAUCAAAGUGAUGCGAGUUUAGUCGUCCAGAAAGCAGACACUCACCGGAUUUCUCUUCAAACGACCACUGAAACCCAAUACUUAAACAUCGAAGUUAAAUCAGGCCGACUCGGAGUCGAGACUUUUAUUAUUCGCAUUAACGCCUCUGACUUCAAGGAUUUGGAGGACCGAAUCGCAAGAGAUAUCACCAUUUUACCCAAUGUCAAAUUUCAUAAAACUGUAACCGAACAGUUUGUUGAUGUUUUUAAAGAGACCAUAAAAAGUAACGCGCGAUAUGACACAAGAGAAGAGCUAGACCAAUGCAUUGGUUGUAUGCAGACGCGCCCAAAUGUUAAAUUGCAAAAAUUGUGUGGAGAUAACACAGGAGGAGCUGAAAGUUGUACGACUUGCUAUUGUAAACCAAUGUGGUGUGUUGAUUGCAUGGCGAAAUGGUUUGCUUCGAGACAGGAAAGUGACCAGCAAAAUACGUGGUUGUCGUCCAAGUGUACGUGUCCAAUGUGCAGGGCGAAGUUUUGUAUUUUAGAUGUGUCGUUACUUGAUAGUAUUGAUGUUGAGGAAUAAUUAAUUUGGGCGACAAAUCUAAUGACCAACAGCUUAUUUUUAACUCUUAUUUCUGAUAAGAUUUUAUCGGGAGUUGCUUGAACAAGAUUACUAAUGUGGAAAAUAAAAAUUUAUUUUUAAA